AUGGCCUUUCUGGUCCAGGUUAAGCUAGUGCUGGCCAUCGGGGCUACCACAUAUGAUGAGAACUUCUCGCUACGUGCGUCGGCUGUUCGAUGGGUGUACGAGACUCAGACCUGGAUUUCGGAACCCGAAUUCAAGUCGCGUCUGGGUAUACAAUUUCUACAGACCAAUAUCCUACUUUUGAUCGCUCGAGAAAUGACGGGCAUUUGCAGUGACUCAAUUUGGGUCUCGGCCGGUGAACUACUCAGAAAGGCAAUGAGCAUGGGGUUGCAUAGAGAUCCCGCUAACCUGCCGAAUAUGACGGUUUUAACUGCUGAGAUGCGCCGAAGGCUAUGGAACACGACUGUGGAGAUAGCUCUGCAGUCGAGCUUGACUUCAGGUGGACCUCCACUUGUUUCUUCCGAAGAUUUUGAUACCGGACCUCCAGGCAAUUUUGAUGACGAGCAGCUUAUGAUCAAGGACCCCGUGUUGAAACCAGAGGACAGCUUCACUCAAGUGUCCAUUACAAUCGCUCUUCGAAAGACAUUUCUGCUUCGUCUUGCGGUCACUAAGCUCUUGAAUGACAUCAGAUCCCAUGGGACAUAUGAGGAAACCCUUCAACUUGACUUAGAUCUGAGGUCAUCAUGCAAGACUUUAUGUCGAACCCUCCAAGGAUAUACCUCGAGCACUGGACCCUUGCCCUCUCGAUUUUCAAUACGCGCCGUAGAUGUUCUAAUGCUUCGCUACCUUUUCCUCCCUUCACGUCCCGUUUUUCGGUCCAGCAUUACACGAGGCAACCUAUGCAUUUUCAAGGAAGAUAGUGGUCGAAACUUCACUCAAACUCUGGUGUGCAACAUAUCCUGCAUCAUCAAUCAUGCCUACUCAGACACGUGGUGUCAACGCUGCUUCGCCGGAUAA